AACAACUUCCCAAAUAAACUAAACCCUGCGAAUUCGUCUUCCUUGUUGACCUGAAACUUGCGGAGGAGGAGUUUGAGAGAGAGGGAGAGAUCGAGGAUAUGGGAAUAAUAAGGAGCUGCUUCUCUUUCAUGGCGGGAUCAGCUUUUGGGGUAUACUUGGCCCAGAACUACAACGUUCCCAAUAUUCGUAAGCUCACCAACACCGGUCUCGUCGUCGCCAAGCACGUCGAAGAGAACUAUCGCAAGCCCAAAAAAGACGAUCCCCAAUGAUUUCCCGUUUCAAAUGUGAAGGUGAUGGAGAGAGAACAAUGGAGGUGGUGUUGCAAGGCUUUCUCAACAUAUUAGUUAGUAUUGGUUCUGCCAUUUGUGCAGAGAUUUGAUUUCACUAGCAAGUUAGAUAAUUUGACAAGGUUAUGGAAGUCCUCAGUGGUGGCUGCUGGUUUAUAACUUGCAUUCUUGUAUGAUUACUGAUACUAGAUUCAAACUAAACACAUCACUGUGUAUACUCUUUUCUUUCUUUUGUCAAGAUGUAAUAAUAACCAUAACGCAGCCAACAUCUUGUUGCCUUUUUGGUAUUUGAAGACCCUACUCUUUUCUU